CUGGGACACUGGUCAUUCUCAGGCUGCUGCUGCCAUCCUCUCUCACCCUCCAGCAUGAAGGCCUCCGCAACCCUCCUGUGCCUGCUGCUCACAGCUGCUGCCCUCAGCACCCAGCUGCUCGCCCAGCCAGUUGGAAUAAGUAGAAACACCUGCUGCUAUGAUUUCACUAGCAAGAAGAUCCCGAAGCUGAAGCUGGUGAGCUAUGUCAGAAUCACCAGCAGCCAGUGUCCCAAGGAAGCUGUGAUAUUCAAGACCAGACGGGGCAAGGAGAUCUGUGCUAACCCCGAGCAUGAUUGGGUCCUGGAUUCCAUAAAUCACCUGGACAAGAAAACCCAAACUCUGAAGCCUUGACCUCUCACUCCUGCACUGAAGUCAAGCCCGGACCUGAGAAACAACUAAUUUAU